CUUUUCUCCGUAUGGGUAUAUGUUGUACUUUUCAAUAUGGCCGCCGCGUGGCUUUAAAUUUCUAUUAUAAAUAUUUUUGUUCUAAUUUGCUUUCUUUCAUGAUUUUGAAACAACCAAACACAAUGAAAGUUACUAUUUCUUCGAGAGCAUAUUCUAAAAUUCUCCUCCAUGCCAGUAAAUACCCACACAAGGCCGUCUGUGGCGUGGUGAUAGCACGUGAAAAUUCAGACAGUAAAAUUGAUGUUUUGGACGCUGUGCCGUUGUUUCAUUUGUCCCUGGGUUUGGCGCCCAUGAUGGAGGUUGCACUUACACAGGUUUGACGUCGUUUUUAUCAUAUGUUUUAGGCGAUAAUAUUUGCAUAAUAAGCUACAAUACCAGCCUUUGACCGCGUCAAUUAAUGAGAUUCGUGGCGAUUUCAGUUCAGUGCCUGGCUAGUAGUCGGAGUAUAGGUGAUGUGCAACCACUCACAUGGUAUUCAAAUGAUAAAGAAAAUUUUGCCAUGUUGGAAGAAAUUUGCAUUGCGAACAAGCAAAAUCCCAUUGUCAAUGUCAAUGUCAUCCAACAUGGCGAUGUAUAAACUUGCACACCACCUAUAGACCAAAAGGCACAGGGUGUACUGGACCUGAGCAUGGGGAUGGUAUAUAAAGGCCAAUGUUCUACAGUUGUUGCUACCAUCUUGUUAAAGCUAAUGAGGUCCAGUAUUAUCUCACAUUGCAUGAUACCAACUUUCCACAGUGGUGUUGGCCAGGGACGUCGCUAUAGGGGGGAUGUAACACCCCCAAUAAUUCAAACGUUGGUCAAAGUUGGUCAAAAUGGAAGUGAUAUUUGCCCAAAGUUGGUCAAAAUGGAACUGAUAGGUAAAGGUAAAACUGGGGAAAAUUUGGUCAAAGUUUGAUAUAAAAGAUGGUCGAAUUUGCCGAAAAUUAUGAAAUGGUUCGUAAUUUUAGUCCGAAAAUUUUUUAUCUUAGUCCGAAAAUUUUUUUUGACGACCUCCCCCUCAAAACCCCCCCCCCAAUGUUGAUGCCUUCACAACGUCCCUGGUAUUGGCCAGUGUAGAAAGUUUGUAUUGUGCAAAGAAUCACAUGGUUUACACUCCGAGCAGAACCUCCAGCCCACAGUACAAUGAAUCUCAACAAUAUAUAUGUGUGUGUUUAGGUUGAUGCAUAUUGCAAAAGUAAUAAAUUGCAAGUUGUUGGGUAUUACCAGGCUAACCAAUGUCUAGACAAUAACAGGUACCUGAAAAUGCGGUUUCUACAUUUAUGGAUAACUCCCAUCCAUAUGUUUUAUACAUAGUACUUACAUUUCAUCAAAUUUUGUUCUGUCAGACCAAGUUUUAAGAUAUUAUAUUUUUGGCUUUCAGUCCCGAUGUUUAUGCAUACAAAAUAACAGAAAAAUUACAGGAAAACUUUAACUCUGCAUUUAUUUUAAUGGUAAGUUGUAGGUAUAGAUUUGGAAGCUGCUCUAAAUUUAUUGUGCAGAUAAUGAUGUAUUCUCAGGAAUUAAUUCAAAUUGUAAAUGUAACAUAUAGAUAUGAUUAUUUCAUCCCAAUGAUUCUUUUGUAAUAUUAAUGUGUAAGAACCAAGAAAAGCUAGAGUACAGAUGGAAAACAUGCACAGAAAUGAGUGAGAAAAUGAGCAUUUAAAAAAAGAAAUACAAAAAAAACCCUACCUGCCCUACCUUUAGAAGUUUUGCAACAAGAAAAAAGAAUCCGAGAGGUUUUUCCCAAUAGAAUAUUUAAAAUACCAAGUGAUCAAUCUCGUUCCCCGAGCCUGUGAUCCUCGGGAAGGAACGCGAGGCUCUGGGAUAAUCUGUUGCCGGAAGCCAGGAAUUGUGGCUAAGAUUGAACUACGCAUUCCAUUUCAACGGCCAAUCAGAUUCCUCCCUGAAACGGAUUAUCCCAGAGCCUCGCGUUCCUUCCCGAGGAUCGCAGGCUCGGGGAACGAGAUUGCCAAGUGAUUUAAUAGUCUCCAUAAUGAACAAAAUGAAUGCACUUUGAUUCUCACUGAAUAGGUUGAUAACAAGAAAAUGGGUUUUGAGUGUGAAUUUCAAGCCUGUAAGGUACAGUAAUGAAUUCUUACAUAAUUUGUUACAGGUGCAAUGUAUUCUUUAUUCCAAAAAACCUGGCAGUUCAUUUAUGGUGACUUUUUCAUAUUAUUUUUUGAACAGUUAUAUCACCUUCAAGAUAAUAAAUGGAAAUACAAUGAGAAAGACCUGUAAGUAUUCUUUAACAUUAUUUGCAGUUGAAACAAACCUGAUUAUAUUUGUUCAUAAAAACUGAUUGCAUUUUUCAAUACGGCCGACAUCAUACAUACAAAAUCGGCCUGUAAAUUAUAACAAUCUAAUCAAGAUUAUUUAAAAAUAAAGUGCCAUAUAACCAUUUUUCUGCCAAAAAAUUUCCAAUAUUUCCUGAGAGAAAUACCCAUUGGGUUUAGUCAAUUAGUAUGACAGCAAAAAAAUUUUAUUACUCACAAUAUUUUUUAUAAUAUAUCUAGUUGUCUAGCUGAUGAUGAAACACUGAGUAUUGUAUCACAAUUGAUGAUUGGCAAAGCCUACCCAAGUCUGGUGGAUUUUGAUAAUCAUUUAGAUGACCUAUCUCUGGACUGGUUAAAUCCCGAAAUUAACAAAGUUGUUGAUAAUGCAGCAUCUCAAGUUCAAGAGUAAAAAAUAAUUUAAUAAAAAUAUAUUUAAUUGAAAAUUAGUUACAUUUAAUUUAUUUGUCUACAGUUGUUAACCCAUUGAGUGGCAGCACUUUCCUCUUGACGAGUAAAAUCAUCUGGCAUUAGACAGAGUAUAAAUAAAACAGUAGUGGGGCACAUCAGAGUGCAUUGCCACUUAAAGGGUUUAAUUCAUUUUCAACUUUUAAAGUGGACAAAUGUGAAUUUUUUUAUUCUUCCACUUGAAGAAACUGUCAAAACUUUUACUCAGCUUUGUUUACAUGCUUCCUAGAAUAAAAUAAUUUUCUCUAAGCAGACACCUCUCUCUAAUACAGACACCUCUCCCUAAUACAGGCACUUCUCUCUAAUACAGACCCCUCUCUCUAAUACAGGCACCUCCCUCUAAUGGAGACACCUCCCUCUAAUGCAGACACCUCCCUCUAAUGCAGACCCCUCUCUCUAAUACAGGUACCUCUCUCUAAUGCAGACCCCUCUCUCUGAUACAGGCACCUCUCUCUAAUGCAGACCCCUCUUUCCAACACAGACUGUGUACCCCUUUCUCCAUUACAGACACAUCUCUCUAACACAGACAUCUCUCUACUUACAGUUAUCUCUCUAUUAGGGAGACCCUGCUAUUUAAUCUCCUAAAUAAAAUUAUAUAGGUUAUAUUUAAUGACAACUUAUUGUGCAAUACGUGAUAUGUCAAGAAUAUUAAAUUAUUUUACUGAAGGAAGCAUGGAAACAGAAUCUGUAAAACUGUUACUUUAUGUGAAUAAAAGAAUACAUUUCACGUUGUGUCUGUUUUCUUUCCAUUCAAAAUGUCCUUAAGAAUACAUUUCAUCAUGUAUUCAAAAAUAUAUCAGGAAAGGAACCAAAAUUCUUGAUAUAUUAAUACAGGUAUGUUUGAACAGACCUCUUUUUUUAAAACGUAUAAUUUUAUGUAAUCAAACACGAAAACAGUUGUCUAUUAGUGAAUUGCAAUCAAUUUUAAAUUGGUUUUGAUUUGAGAGCUUUGUUUUCAAUUUUGGCGAGGAAUGCUCUACUUUAAUGCAAGAAAUGAUAGGUAAUAGGCAAAGGAAUACGUUUCUGUGUUGAUUAAAACACGAUUAUGAAUAGGUGCAUGUUUGUUAUGAAUACAAUUUAUAUUAGCACCAUAUAAAAUAGGCCAUUUCCGAAUUAUGGUUGAACACCCUCAGACAAAAGCAUGAGAAUGACGCUUCGCACUAAAUUGUAACAUUGGUGUUAUUGCUCUUGACAAUUAGAGCGUAAUUCGGAAAUGGUCUAUUACAUUGCACAAACCUGGUAUAUUCUCAAAUAUUAUACCUCCUUGGAUAAUUAUCUCUAUAUAUUCUGUAAGUAAUAUAUGUUCAGUCAUUUGUCUUCAUUCUUCCCUCCUAAACAAAGAUAAAAUAUUUAUCUUUUCCAAAUGAAGCAGUUUUGU